AUUUAACUCAACAGAUGAUAUUCUAGUCUAAUAAUGUUUUUUGUAGCUUAUUAAUUGAAAGGACAAAAACACCCUCAACAUAUUCUCAAAUUACCAAAACUAGCCCUGUCCCCUUUCUCCUUCCCUUGCUCGAUCUGGUCUUUUUUCCAUCUACGAUUCUCACUGGAUUAGAAAUCAAGAAUCAGUACGUCGCUUUGCUCAUCAACAAAUCCAGGCAGGUUUCGGCCAAUGCCGAUGGAGCCAGAAUCUGGCACCUUAAAUUAUCGAAAUCGUUCUCAGUUUUUCUUGACUUUAUCCCGGAAUUUAUUGUUGGCAUAUCAAAGCUUUGGGGUGAAGUGAUAUUUGGGGCAUUUUCCUUGAUAUUUUGGACCUUGACUCUAAUCCCUUUGCUAAAAUAUGUUUUUAUCAUAUUGAGUGCUGAUGAUAAUGGUGAAGGUGGGACCAUUGCUCUUUACUCAUUACUCUGUAGGCAUGCUAAGUUUAGUUUGCUUCCAAAUCAACAAGCAGCUGAUGAGGAGUUGACUUCUUACAAAUAUGGAGCUUCCAUGGUUAUUGGUGAUGGUGUCAUUACUCCUGCUAUUUCUGUUAUGUCAGCAGUAUCAGGGCUUCAAAUUGAAGGUGUUGGACUAGAGCUAACUAAUGGGUCAGUUCUAUUAUUAGCAUGUGUCCUAUUGAUUGGGUUGUUUGCUCUACAACACACGGGUACUCAACGAGUGGCAAUUGUGUUUGCUCCAAUUGUUAUUAUAUGGUUGCUUUCAAUAUUUGGAAUUGGAUUAUAUAAUAUCAUACAUUGGAACCCUAAGAUCAUAUAUGCAUUGUCUCCACAUUAUAUAAUCACAUUCUUUAGACACACUGGUAAAGAUGGCUGGUUGGCCCUUGGAGGUGUUCUUCUCUCCAUAACAGGUACUGAAGCUAUGUUUGCAGAUCUUGGCCAUUUCACUGCCUUCUCAAUGAGGCUUGCAUUUGCCAUUGUUGUAUACCCAUGUUUAGUCAUACAAUACAUGGGCCAGGCUGCUUAUUUGUCUAAAAACGUUACUUCCAUUCCUGACAGUUUCUAUAAAUCUGUACCUGAAGCUUUGUUUUGGCCGAUGUUUGUUAUUGCUACCCUGGCAUCUGUUGUAGGGAGUCAAGCUAUCAUUUCAGCUACUUUUUCGAUUGUGAAACAAUGCAAUGCCCUUGGUUGUUUUCCCAGGGUUAAAAUCGUCCAUACAUCAAAACAUAUGUUUGGUCAGAUUUAUAUCCCGGAAAUUAAUUGGAUCCUUAUGGUUCUUACUCUUUUGGUCGCUGUGGGAUUCCAGGACACUACUCUAGUUGGCCAUGCUUAUGGCAUUGCAUGCAUGACAGUUAUGUUCAUCACAACUUUUCUCAUGGCACUCGUGAUAAUCUUUGUGUGGCAAAAAAACAUUAUAUUUUCCACAACAUUCCUUAUAUUCUUUUGGUUCAUAGAAGCAAUCUUCCUCUCAUCUGCACUAACAAAAGUCCCUCAAGGAGGAUGGGUCUCUCUCCUAAUAGCCCUAGUCUUCAUAAUCAUAAUGUACAUCUGGCAUUAUGGCACCCGUAAAAAGUACAACAAUGACCUUCACAAUAAAGUUUCCUUAAAAUGGCUUCUUGGGCUGGGCCCCACUUUGGGAAUUGUUCGUGUGCCUGGAAUCGGCCUCAUUUACUCUGAACUUGCCACGGGUGUCCCUUCCAUUUUCUCUCAUUUUGUCACGAAUCUGCCCGCUUUUCACAAUGUGUUGGUGUUUGUGUGUGUGAAACAUGUUCCUGUGCCUUUUGUGCUGCCCGAAGAACGGUUUUUGAUCGGGCGGAUCUGCCCGAGACCUUAUCGGAUGUAUAGGUGUAUUGUGAGAUACGGGUAUAAAGAUAUUCAGAGAGAUGAUGGGAAUUUUGAGAAUCAGUUGAUUCAAAGUAUUGCAGAGUUUAUACAAAUGGAGGCUGUGGAACCACAGUUGUCCACCUCUGAGAACACCUCCUUUGAUGGUCGAAUGGCAGUUAUUAGCACCAGAUCAAACGCGACAUUAAUGGUCUCGGAUCAACUCGACUCCUCCUCCAUACAAAGUAGCAAAUCUUUGAUGCUACAACGGUUAAGAUCCGAAUUCGAUGACGAAAACCCGCAAAUCCGCCGCCGCCAAGUGCGGUUCCAACUGCCGCCCGCCGGUCCGGUGAUGGAUGCCGCCGUGAAAGACGAGCUUUUGCAGUUGAUUCAGGCGAAAGAGGCCGGCGUUGCAUAUAUCAUGGGACACUCGUAUGUUAAGGCGCGUAGAUCCUCUUCUUACUUGAAGAAACUCGUGAUUGAUAUUGGAUAUUCGUUUCUUCGUAAAAAUUGUAGGGGGCCCGCAGUCGCACUUCAUAUUCCUCAUAUAAGUUUGAUUGAAGUUGGGAUGAUAUAUUAUGUUUAGGAUAUGUUGUUGGUAUUGCUUGCUUUUUAUUUGUUUGUAAGCAAUAAUAUGGAAUUAUAUUUGUAUGGAUUUUUCUUGAAUUUUUAACAAAGUAUUUUGGUAA